GUAUUUCUAUGCUUCUGGAUCCAACCAAAAAGUUGUUUGAAGGAAGAUGGAAAUAUUUUGUGGAUAAUAAGGAAAAUAUCUAUUUCACAUUCGAAUAAAAUCAAGAAAACUAAUAUCUUAAAAUGAAGUUAGGGGUAAUUUUAUUCAAACAACAUAUAGGAAAACAUUUUAAGAAACAUUGGGCUAUACAAGGCCGGAAAAAAAUUCUUAACACACCAGCCGAGAAAAUUCUUCUGAAAAAUGGUAUCACAAUUCACAAACCUGAAGAUUUCUUCGAAAAAAGAAAAUCUGAGAAAGUUAAAAUUGUUGGCAUGAAGCCUGUACCCAUAAAAUUUAACAAAACUCAUGCUAAUUGGCACGAUAAGGUUCUCUUCACCUGUAAUGACAAUAAUGUUCUUCUAGAAGGCCUUCAGCAAGCACAAGUUCUUACUAGAAGUGUAAGGAUAGAAGAGGGUCUCCCAUCAAGUUAUGUUACUAAUCCAUUAUCUAAAGAAAUCAAUAGUAAGGUGAAAAAUAUAAUAUUAAACUCCCAUGUAUUUGAUGCAGAACAACAAAAAUUACCCAAAAUUAAAGAUCCUGAAAGGCCGGCUUGGAAUUUUCCAAGAGUGUAUGGUAUCACUCAAAAUAGAAGAAAUAAAUUAAUCACAUCGAAAUUGUUGAAUCUAUUAGAGACACAAGAAGAAUAUGAUAUUGUUAAAGACCGUUUUAUAUUGAAUGAUUUAUAUUUUUCAUUUCCCUUUAUGAAGGAAGAUAAUUUGAUACAGUUCAGAAUGACUGGAGAUACAGUGUUGGUUUCGCGGAAACCUUUGUCGUCAGUUACAGAUGAACCAACUCAAGAUCAUGAACUUCCAAAUUUGCAUCCAAUUCACUAUACUGCUACAUUAAAAGAGGAAAACAUAUAUGAGUUGCAAAAUAUAUAUCCCAUAAGGAAAGAAAUAAAUGUUAGUCAUCCUCAUACAGUAUUCAUCCAUUUUGAUGAAACCAUGGUCAACAAUUUGUUUGAAGAAGAAGUUACUGAAACCCAAAUUCAUGGUCGCUCACUUCUAAAGACUUUUACUGUAGCAGCAUCAUAUGCAAAACAACGAUUUGGUGAUGAUGUUAAAGAAUUGCCAACUCCUGUUACUGUACAAUGUGUUCAUACUGAUGGCAGAUUAUUCCAGUUUGGUGUUUUACAAGUGAAUACAUUAAAUUUAGAAGAUAGUCAAGUGAAAAAUAUUUGGUAUCAAACAGAACGUUUGCCUCUAUUUGAAGUGUGCAAGUAUGAUGAUGGGAAACCUUUAUUAAAAGGAUAUAAUGACCAAGUAGUGAAAAAUUUGUUUAGUUUUUAUAAUAAACAUUGAUUGUUGAUGAAUUAAACAGUUAGGUAAACCAA